ACAAAUAAUGAUAAAACAAAUAAUGAUAAAACAAAUAACGAUAAAACACAUAAUGAUAAUACACAUAAUGAUAAAACACAUAAUGAUAAUAAUAUCAUUAAAGUAGAUGAAAAUAAUUCUUCUGCAGGUUGUAAUAGUUUUUCAAGUAUAUUAUUAAAAUUUAUGAAAUAUAAAAAUGAUAGCAAUAAUAAUACAAAGAUUAAUGAUCCAUGUCAUAUGAAGAAAAAUAUGAAUGUAGAAAUAAAUAAGGACUUAGAUUAUAUGAAAUCAGAAGCAAGUAUGCCUAAUCAAAUGAACAUCAUGAACAGCAUUAAUAAUAAUGUUACAGGUGUCGAUCAUAUGAAUGAUAUGUCUACAUUAAACUAUUAUAAAAAGAAUAAUGAUCCGUCUAUUAGAAUAUGUAACCAGUUUAAUAAUGAGAAUAAAAAAAUAUACCCUAAAAAAAACAUACCAUUAAAUAAAGAUGAAUUCUUAAAAGAUAUAAAGAAUGUAAACUAUAAUAUGAGUGAUAUGAAUAUAGCAAUAGAUACGAUAAAUAAUAUGAAGAAUAAUAUGAUGUUGAAUCAUGUUAUAAAAAAUAAUGAUAUCAAAAAUAAGAUGAAUAAUAAUGUAAUAGGAGAUGAUAAUAAUAAUAAUAAUAAUAAUAAUAAUAAUGUGUUUAAUUCAUUGCAUUCACAAAAUAUGAAUGAUAUGCAAAGC